CAGCCGAAUGCCCUGCUUAGUGUUGGCUCCUCAUCCGCUUAAUAGGUAGAGGAAGUUCUUGGAAUGAUGUUGAGGUUUCCCUGUUUGAUGACAUCGGUCUGGUGAAGGAGGACGAGGCUCAACUUCCUCCAUUCUCACUUUUCUCACCGGACAGCAAAGUCAACAUUAUUUUACCUUUUUUUUCUUCUUCUUCGUUUCUCAGCUUCCUUUCUGCCUUCAGCUUUCGCUGUUCCCUUCCCUGAAAUUGCUUUAUUGAACUUCUGCACAUUUGUCUUCACCAUUCAUCAUGGAGCAAACUCUCUCGAAUGAUUCUGCCGCGACCACUACUCAUAAGGAAAUCCCUACGCUGCAAACCCCUUCUUCCUAUAAGCAGAGCCAAACGAAUGAGACUCAAUGGACGCAGAGGAACUCUGGCCAAAGUCAACGAAAAUCACCACCCAUGUCCGCAUCAAGACGAAACGACGAGAUAUCCAACGAGCUCCACCGUGGUGCCCCAACUGACGAUACCCGUUUGAAAAGUGAUUCCAUAAAGACGCCGGGCCAGAUAGAACUCGCGAAGCAGCGAAAUCAAUAUUACAAUGAAGCGUUUGGCUUAAGGGAGCCCUAUCACACGUCGCGAAACCGAGUGAACCACGAUUCCAUUAUUGUUGUCGAUAUGAAGACCAAUCUCCAGGUGGAAGCACCUCACCAGGCCUUGUCAGACAUGACUUUCCACUUUGCGCAAAUCUUUCAAAGACCGGAAAGCUCUAUGAUGGUCGUACUGGACGACAGUGCCUUUCUCAGAUUUGGAACUACAGCCGAGCCAGCAUAUCUGGUGACGGUCUCCGCGCUAUCUCACAUGAUUGCGCCAACGAUGAAUCUGCGCCAUACAGCCUUGAUUCAGUCAGCAAUUAGGGAGAUACUGGAUAUCCCUCAAGGUCGAGGUGUUAUAAAAUUUGAAUCGAUGCCUGAAGAAAACUUUGCUACGAACGGUUCUACAAUCAGGGACGAAAUCGAGCAGAUGGAGCGAACUUCUCACGAGGAGAACAGCCUGAUAAGAACCAUCUCUCGAACCAUGACCCGCAGGGGUAGGCCAAAUGCCACAAAAAGUACCCUUCGAACGGUCCCGGCAACUCCUCCUCGAUCCACUGAAAUCCAGAGGACGUCAGCCGAGUUUGAUUUGCCUAAGAAUGUUGUUAUGGAUGGACCUGCCUCGACGGUAGAUGGCGCGAAAAAGGUCAAGAGAUAUAGGAGUAUUGUCAAAUUGUUUUCUAACUGAUUCAGCUAUGUUCGACUGAAGAUACCCAAUUGAUAUCGGCAUGAGGGGUGUAUCAGCAUAAGGUUGUAAUUUGGGGUCUUGCGUCCAACAGAGGCUUGCAGUUUAGCGGGUUAUGGUGGUUCCUGGGUGUUUUGAACUUGGAGUAUGCAGCUUGCUUUCAUGGUUGCUGCAGUCGCUAUGAUACCAUAGGGGGUCCUGAUUCUAGAUUUGAGGAGCAAAUUGUUCUGGAGUUUUUAUUGACGGCGUUGAUGGUAAUCCCAGUUUGAUGAUGCCAGUUCUCCAUAUAGUCUUAACUUAAGCUUGAUCCGACGCAA